UUUUUUCUCCCAAAAUUCUCAUUUUUGAUUCGUUUAUUCACUAUGUCACUUUCUUCCAAUAUGCAUGUUUGUAUAAUUUAAGUAUGUUUUGACACGUGUGGAUGUAAUUAUAGUGUGUUUUGAUGAAUUGGGUUUUUAGUUGUUUUCUGUUUUUGGGUCGAUUGGAUUGGGAUCUUUGUAUUUCAGUUAAUUACUGUUUCUAUUGUAUGUUUCAGGAAAGAUUAGCUAUUAAUGUUGUUUUAUCGAGUCUUGGAGAAUCUCAAUGUGAUUGUAUUGCAAUUCGGUCUAAUAAGAUGUUUGAAUGUGGGUUUAUUUUUCUUCUUAUCAUUAUGGAGUUUUGAAGAAUUCUGGGUUUCUGAGCUAUGAUUUAUUUUGUUGAAGAAUUAAGAGUCUGCAUAUAAAACAAGAUAGACUUAGGAUUUUUGAUGUAUCUUAUAUGGUUUGUAUAAAUGUGGGCAUGCAUGAGUGGGCAUCGAGUUUAAGUUGGAUUGCUACAUGUUUUGAUUCUUAGCCAUAAAAAUAUAUUUUUGCUCAAGUUGCUGCAUCCAUGAUAGGAUUUUAACACACUGCCUUUACCUCUUGGCCAAGGCACCAGUGGCGUUUGCUUGCUGCAUUAAGUUGAUAGUCUUUUCCAUUUGGUGGUUUUGAAUUUGUUGAGAAAUUAUGGUUUGGGUGGUGCAUUCAUCUGUAUAGUUGCUCGACUUCUCGUUGUUGAUAUGAUUGUAAGUGGUCAGUUUCUAUUCUACUUACUGUGUAUGUGAUGCCAACAAGUGUUCAGUUUCAUAGGAUUGAUAGUGUUUGCACGAGGCACAUAAGUUAAUCUUACGUUGGGGUUUUAAGGGUGAAGUGAAUGUCUGCUGGGUGUCUAAGGAGUUUGAGGGUGGCACUAUCACGAGCAGUGGGAUGUAGUUUGACUUUGUGUUAGGCUUGGGCGACUUGUCCACCUUUGAUUUCUUUUUUUAACUUUUUAUAGCUUUAUUAAUGAUGUUAUUGUUUCCUGUCGAAAAAAAUGUCUGCUGAGAUCCUUGCACAAUUGUGGGAUAAUGCUUAAGCAACAUAUACCUACUCACGUGAGCCUCACAGCAACACAAGCAUUACGGCAUUAUACUAGUAGCCUUUUAAAGCAAUGGUUCUGAUUAAUGAAUGAAUCUGACAAGUAUCUACCCUUUUAAAUUAGAUCCGAAGUGUCUUUGCUUAUUUGAAAUUUUGCUUUUCUGUUAUUGGUUAAGGCAUCAAGGAAUUAGGUUUCUGAAGGAAUUAGAGUCAUGCAGUCAAAGUCUAAAAAUGCCAAUCGAUUACAAGCUGAUUCAUACAAUAUUCCAUCAUCAACGCUAUGUUCUGAUCCUUGGUGGCAUGGUACUGGGUAUAAUUCCAUCUCCCCUGCUGUGGUGCGAGGAAAUGCAUCCGAUUCAUCUUCAAUGGAACAUUCUAUGAAUGGUCAAUCACGGUCAGAUGGUGGGCUGAACGAGGAUGAUGAUGAUGCUAACAAAGAGUCACAGAGUACUGCCCUGCCACGUUCAGAUGGAAGUUAUGGACAAGAACACCAGAAUUUUCAGCAUGUUACAUCAAAUCUACCUCCAAGGAGUGAUGAAAGCCUCACACAACCUCCACAACUUGAACUUGUUGGGCACUCAAUUGCUUGUGCUUCAAAUCCAUAUUCCAAUCAAUUCUAUGGAGGAAUGAUGGCACCCUAUGGUCAGCCUAUGGUCCAUCCUACUUUAUUUGACAUGCAUCAUGCUAGAAUGCCUUUGCCUAUUGAGGUGGCGCGAGAUCCUGUUUUUGUGAAUGCCAAGCAAUAUCAUGGGAUUAUGAGGCGAAGACAGUCACGCGCUAAAGCAGAACUUGAGAAGAAGUUGGUAAAAGCUCGAAAGUUUUACCACAUUGGAGAAAAUACGCCCUGGCCUAUAAGUCCAACCCACAUACCAGCUCCAAGAGGGCCUACUUUGGGAGGAGUGAUGGAGGUUUAUAAGCCAUAUCUUCAUGAAUCCCGGCAUCAGCAUGCCAUGAGAAGGGAAAGGGGCUCUGGAGGCCGUUUUGCAAAGAAGUCUGAUGUUGAUACUUCAAAAACUGCACCCGCAGAUAAGGUAACAGGUUCUGGGGCAGCUGGCUCAUCCAGUUCAUCAGGUUCUGAACCCUUGCCGACUUGUGAAGAGCACACAAAUGUCAAUGAUGCUGGCAGGUCUGGGAACCAAAAUAGCUCGCGGGUGUCUACAUAUCAGGUGGACUCUGCUGAGAGGGGGGAUGGAGGUUCUUCAGGUCAGCAGUGGGGAUGUAUUGCAACUAAUCAGGCUUCUCAAAGGGCUGUUGCCAUGCAGUGA